CGGGGUGCGGGCCCGGGCGUGGUGAGGUGAAGCGCGUGUGGCGGGCGGUCCCCGCAGCCAUGGCCUGCUCCAUUGUCCAGUUCUGCCACUUCCAGGACCUGCAGGCCGCGCGGGACUUCCUGUUCCCUGAGCUGCGCGACGAGAGCCCCGGCGGGGCCGUGCGCGGGGACCCCGGCAAAUCAACAAGCUGGGAAGAUGAUGGUUGGGGAGCAUGGGAAGAAACAGAGCCUCAGGAACCGGAACCUGAAGAAGAAGGGAGUACUUGCAAAACACAACACACUUCCUGGCUUCAAGAUUGUGUUUUAUCCCUAUCUCCAACCAAUGAUCUUAUGGUUAUAGCUCGGGAGCAGAAAGCUGUGUUUCUAGUGCCAAAAUGGAAAUAUAGUGAUAAAGGAAAGGAAGAAAUGCAGUUUGCCGUUGGCUGGAGCGGUUCUUUAAAUGUUGAAGAAGGGGAGCGUGUGACUAGUGUUCUCUGUAUCCCACUGGCAAGUCAAAAGAGGAGUUCCACUGGACGUCCUGACUGGACCUGCAUUGUGGUGGGCUUUACUUCAGGUUAUGUCCGCUUCUACACUGAGAGUGGUGUGCUCUUGCUCGCACAGCUUCUGAAUGAAGACACCGUGCGCCAACUCAAAUGUAGGACCUAUGCAAUCCCACGGCAUCCUGGAGUGACUGAGCAGAAUGAAGAGUUGAGUAUCUUAUAUCCAGCUGCCAUUGUGACUAUUGAUGGAUUUAGCCUUUUUCAGUCUCUUCGUGCUUGUCGAAACCAGGUUGCUAAAGCUGCAGCAUCGGGCAGUGAGAACAUACAACCACCACCAUUAGCUUAUAAGAAAUGGGGUCUCCAAGAUAUUGACACUAUUAUUGAUCAUGCUAGUAUUGGAAUCAUGACUCUUUGCCCUUUUGACCAAAUGAAGACUGCCUCCAACAUAGGUGGGUUUAACGCGGCGAUUCAGAGCAGCCCACCUGCCAUGUGUCAGUUCACCACUGUAGGCGCCGGUCCCUUCGCCGGCUUCUUCUACGCUCUAGAGGGAAGCACACAGCCCUUGUUAUCUCACGUUGCACUGGCAGUGGCUAGUAAACUCACUUCUGCUCUAUUCAAUGCCGCCAGUGGCUGGCUUGGUUGGAAAAGUAAGCAUGAAGAAGAAGCUGUCCAGAAGCAGAAGCCCAAGAUGGAGCCAGCCACCCCAUUAGCUGUAAGAUUUGGACUUCCAGAUUCUAGACGCCGUGGGGAAAGCAUUUGUCUGUCUCCAUGUAACACACUAGCAGCAGUGACAGAUGAUUUUGGCAGAGUAAUCUUAUUAGACGUGGCUAGAGGAAUUGCAAUACGCAUGUGGAAAGGGUACCGAGAUGCACAGACUGGGUGGAUCCAAGUCAUCGAAGACCUGCAUGAGCGAGUCCCAGAGAAGGUGGAUGUCUCCCCCUUUGGAAACACUCAGGGUCCCAGUCGAGUAGCUCAGUUUCUUGUAAUCUAUGCCCCAAGAAGGGGAAUUUUGGAAGUGUGGAGCACGCAGCAGGGACCUCGAGUGGGCGCUUUCAACGUGGGUAAGCACUGCAGGCUACUGUAUCCUGGCUACAAAAUAAUGGGGUUAAAUAAUGUUACAAGUCAGAGCUGGCAGCCUCAGACUUACCAGAUCUGCCUUGUUGACCCAGUGUCUGCAAGUGUGAAAACGGUGAAUGUUCCUUUCCACUUAGCUCUAAGUGAUAAGAAGAGUGAAAGAGCCAAGGACAUGCACUUAGUGAAGAAGCUUGCAACCUUGUUAAAAACAAGAUCUCCCAAUCUUGAUUCGUUUGAAAUAGAAAUAAAGGAGUUAAUUGUUGAUAUUAAGUAUCCUGCAACCAAGAGACAAGCUUUGGAAAGUGUUUUGGCAAGUGAACGUUUACCAUUUUCCUGCCUUAGAAAUGUCACUCAGACUUUAAUGGAUACUUUAAAAAGUCAAGAGCUUGAGUCUGUUGAUGAAGCAUUGCUACAGUUUUGUGCCAAUAAACUGAAGUUACUACAUCUUUAUGAAUCUGUCUGUAAAUUAAAUUCCCUUGGAUAUCAUCCAGACACACCAUUCUCUGAUAAUGACUUGGCUGUGUUACUAAGGCUUGAUGAAAAGGAACUACUUAAGCUUCAGGCAUUACUCAAGAAAUACAUGCAGGAGGGCACCAGGACCACGGUCCGAUUUUCUGAUGGUGCCGAUGGUAUGCUGCCUGUGAAGACAUUCCUCGAGAACUUAGACUAUGAGGACGACAUGCUCAGCAUAAAGAAGUCAAGUGAGGAAGAGUAUGUUGCUUUAGGCAGUUUCUUCUUUUGGAAGUGUCUACAUGGAGAAAGCUCCACUGAGGACCUGUGCCACACUCUGGAGUCUGCUGGACUCAGCCCUCAGCAGUUACUGUCUCUGCUUCUGAGUGUUUGGCUUUCAAAGGAGAAAGAUAUUUUAGAUCAACCACAGUCUAUCUGCUGCCUUCAUACCAUGCUGUCCCUUCUGAGCAAGAUGAAAGUAGCCAUUGAUGACACCUGGGACUCCCAGUCUGUGUCCCCAUGGUGGCAGCAGAUGCGCAUGGCCUGUGUCCAGUCAGAGAACAGUGGAGCUGCUCUGCUCUCAGCACACGUUGGGCAUUCCAUUGCUGCACAGAUAUCUAACAGUAUAACAGAGAAGAGGCUUUCCCAGACAGCUGUAGGUGCCGAUGCCGAAGCCCUCACUGACUCCUGGGAGGCCCUUUCUCUGGACACUGAGCACUGGAGACUCCUGCUGAAGCAGCUGGAGGAUUGCCUCAUUCUUCAGACUUUGCUUCACAACAAGAGCAAUUCUGGAGCUUCCAAAGUCUCAUCGCUGCAGGCAGAGCCUCUGCCCAGGCUCUCUGUCAAGAAAUUGUUAGAAGGAGGAAAAGGUGGCAUUGCAGACAGUGUAGCCAAGUGGAUAUUUAAACAGGACCUCAGCCCUGAACUGUUAAAACUGGCUAAUAAAGAAAAAGAUGUAGAAAAUCCAGAUGAACCCAAAGAAGGUAUUGCCAGAAGUUUUCCUGACAUAUCAGAGGUGGAGACGGACUUAGGAGCCACACCAGACCUGCUGCAUCUAGCCUAUGAACAGUUCCCUUGUAGCCUUGAGCUUGACGUACUACAUGCACAUUGCUGCUGGGAGUAUGUUGUCCAGUGGAAUAAAGACCCGGAGGAAGCACGUUUCUUGGUUCGGUCCAUGGAGCACUUGAAGCACAUUGCUAACGCACAUGUUCAGAACGGAAUCGCUCUGAUGAUGUGGAAUACAUUCCUGGUUAAGAGGUUUUCUGCUGCAACCUACUUGAUGGAUAAGGUUGGAAAAGCUCCAAAGGAUCGUUUAUGCCGAAGGGAUGUGGGGAUGAGCGACACAGCAAUGACAUCUUUCCUGGGUUCUUGCUUGGAUCUUCUUCAGACUUUAAUGGAGGCAGACGUGAGCAAGGAUGAAACGCAAGUGCCUAUCCUGGACACUGAGGAUGCCUGGCUUUCUGUGGAAGGCCCCACCUCCAUAGUGGAAUUGGCCCUAGAGCAGAAGCCCAUCCACUACCCCCUGGUGGAGCACCAUUCCACCCUGUGUUCCGUCCUGUACGCGGCCAUGCACUUCUCCCUGAAGAGUGUGAAGCCACUGAGCCUCUUCGAUAGCAAGGGGAAAAAUGCAUUUUUCAAAGACUUAACUUCAAUUCAGUUAUUACCUAGUGGAGAAAUGGAUUCAAAUUUUGUGUCUAUACGUCAGCAGUUCUUACUGAAAGUUGUCAGUGCAGCUGUCCAGGCCCAGCAUUCUGUCACCAAAGACAAAGACUUCUCUGAAGAGGCAGCAACCACUCCUUGGAAGGACCAGGACUGGCCAGCUCUAGCCGUGGAUCUAGCCCAUCACCUUCAAGUGAAUGAAGAUGUUGUUCGAAGGCAUUACGUGGGAGAGCUCUACAACUAUGGAGCGGACCUCUUAGGAGAAGAGGCCAUGCUGCAGGUUCACGACAAAGAGGUCCUGGCCUCCCAGCUGCUGGUGUUGACAGGACAACGGCUGGCUCAUGCUCUUCUCCACACCCAGACGAAAGAAGGGAUGGAGCUGCUGGCCAGACUCCCACCUACACUCUGCACUUGGCUGAAGGCAAUGAACCCUCAGGAUCUUCAAAACACAGAAGUGCCACUUGCAGCAACAGCUAAGCUAGUAACUAAAGUAAUGGAGCUCUUACCAGAGAGACACGGGCAGUACAGCCUCGCCUUACACCUCACUGAAGCAGUGGAGGCCAUGUCCACUGUGACACGCCCCUACUGACAGUCGCCCAAAACUGUGUGGCCACAGCAUGAGUUACUGCACGGUCACUUUAAAUAGUAAGACCUGGAAUUUUAUGAGUAUUUUUUGUAUAACAAAUAAAUAUAUAUUACUUUCAAAAAGUGCAAUCCUGAUUAAAUUCCACUCCUUCAGUUGAAACUGGAGAUAAAAUGUAAACAUUAACUAUGCUAUAAUACAGAUAGUUUACUGUUUAUUUUUAAAUCACACAUAAGAAGCUUGAAAUGUUAAAUGCUGGUAUUUGAAAUUGGUUAUAACUUGCAAAUUAUGUUCUUAUUGUAUAAUUAUUUCCAAGCCAAACUGUUUCUGUCAGGAUUAAAUUUCAGUCUACUUACACAGUCUCAUCUGCUUUCUGAGAAGCUGUAGGCUUGGCCCCGUUACGGUGCCACAUGGAGUUCUGGGUGCUGGCAGGGCCCUUCCCAGAGCGGCUGCUGCCUCCGCUGCUGGACUGGCUGUUAGAAGCCGGAUGGGCACUAAAUCGAAGCAGGGCCAGCUGCAUGUGCCUGAACUGAGAGUUGGAGAUGUAAACGACAGGAAAAUCAACUACUGUAAAUUAUGACUUUUUUUUGGCCAAAUUGCAAAGUUGUAGCCACAUCAGGUAAUUGUAAAAACUGUAUUAUCUUGUAAAACUUAUGUAAAAAAAAAAAAAAGGUAAGGAUCAUAACAUAUUUAAGUCCAACUUUAUUUUUCCUAUAAGUUUUUAGAAUUGUCUGCUUCUGGGAUGUGAUGAUGUCAUCUGUUGUGGGAACAGUGCAGGAGAAAGUGCAUAGUGAUAAACAGUUUUAGUAAACCUACCUCAUAGACAGCUUGAGGAUAGAACACAACUAAUUUUGUACCCUAUAGUGCCUAGAGCAGUCCAAGUGCUUAAGAAAAAAGUAUUUAUUCAUUAAAACAAAACUAACCAAAAGUCUGUAAAAAGUGCUUUGCACUCUACAGAUCACCAAGAUUUAUUUAUGGAGUAUCUUUGGGGAGCCAUACAUGCAGUUAGUGACGUCAGCCAUGGAUCACAAUUGUUGCUCCUAGCAAUUCACUGUAACUGAUGGGUGUUUGUUUCUUUGCUGUCUCGUAAGAGGCCAGCUGCAUCAUUAUGCACAGUUGAAGGAAGAUGUCCUUUAGGGAUAUAAAGCCAAAAGUCUGGCAUCUGAGAACAUUCCAGUGGGAAUUCUUCUUCACUAAAAGAUUCAGCUCUGAGUAAGACCCUGACUGGUUUAAAUUAACUACUGUCUGACAAAUUGCAGAUUUUGAAAGAAAACGUUUCAGAUGUUGCUUGGGUGGCCGGGCGGGAUGUUGUGUGGAGAGGACGAUACAAGUCCAGCCUCCCCGGCUGCCCCAGCCAGCUGCACGCUGGAGCUCCUGUGAGCACACCUCACUUCCUAUGAACCUGUGUGUGUUCUUAAAGGUUAGUUUUUCCUGUGAUUUCUCACAGUAUUCCACAAGUGGUAUGAAUUUAGGAGGCUAGUCAAGGAAAUCUGAAAACCAGGCAUGAUUAAAGAUGACUCCAUUUUACUCCCCAGUUCCAUGGCUACUUUUCAGGAGGGAAGUACUCAUGUGUUACAUCAUGAAACUGGCUAAGCUUACUGUGGUAGGACACGUAGUUAGAUCUGGAAUCCCUGCAAUAAUAAGCUGAAAUAUGAUUCAGAUACCUAUAGUACAAAUCAUUUAGUCUCCAGUUAGGUUUAUCAUCAGAAAAAAAUAACAUACUAGAAUUUAAAAAUUAAAUCUUGAGUUUUAUGGUUAACAAAAGCAACAAAAUAUUUUACUACUUCAAUUAAGGGCUUUAAAAAUAAACCUGAUAACAAGAAAGAACAAUGAAUACCUAUGUACACAUUCUGUAAAACAAAGUGCCACAAAUAAAAGAAUGAAAUUUGACAUUGGACAAGUGGUCUCUAAAGCAAAUGGUCCUGCGGCACUAAGUGCCAAUCAGCAGUAGUGUUUCCUAGACACACACCCUCUUCUUCCCCAGACAUUUUUUACUUUGUUAAAGAAAUACACAAGUGCACGUGACCUAACUACUACUCCUGUUGUGUGUGUUUAGAUGUAGAACUACAGGGACCAGGAGAAACGUGCAGUGCUAUACAGCACCAAGCUUCACACUUGUACAAAGAGCUUUGUCAGCUGAGGUCAAAGUAAAGCCUGUUACAUGUAAAAUGCUUUUUAAAAACACAUCAGUUGCUAUUUAAAACCACAGAAAGCUUAAGAUUUAGUAAUAAGAUUAUAACACUCACUUAGAAGUUGUGCUCCAUUUGAUUUGAGGGAGAAAUACAUUUACAGCUCCCUACAAGCAGCAGAGAAAGUCCUCUCUUCCCUGACAGGAGCAGGUUUGCUAGGCAGUUAGACUUCUGCUUCAUAGAUUAGCUGUCCUUAGAAAGAUUUUAAUCCACUACUGGAUGGUUUGUAAAAUACUUUGUUGUUUAUCUACUGUAAUGUGCUGUAAGUAGUGGAAAGCUAUAUCUGUCUUCUGUGUCUGUUCAUUACUGUGAACUUAUGCAUAUUAGUGAAAUAAAUACCAGCUUUCAUAGUUCCUUUACACCACAAAUGUAAGAAUUAAGAGAUCUCUUCCCUUCUUCGGUAAUAAAUUUGGUGAUGUUUUCUUUGCAAUAUA